UCCGUUACUUGAGGGUGAUCAGUCCUUUCGAAGAAUGCGACGAGAGUGUUGCCUACAUUAAUGACGAAAGUGACGCCGCAGGAAACUCGAGCUUUCCAAACGAGAUCAAGCAGACUGAUAAAUCUGCGAGGAGAACGAGAUCACAUAAUCAAAGAGCACCAGAUACGCUCAUGACGGAAAAAGAGGCAGUAGAAGAUGUCAGUCGAUGGAUUGACUUCAAUAUGAUGGCACCACACAUAACCGAAGUAUAUUUGUUUUAUAAACUGGAGUAUUUGCGAUGCGCGAUUCAAGUGACGGGAGAUAUGUUGAAAACUUCUCAUGAAAAUCGCAAAGCUACAAACAAAGUCGAGAAGGAAAAAACAGAAAUUUAUACAAGCACAACUCUAAAGUCCAGGAAUAAAUCUUUGUAUUUAUUCUGCGACUCUUUGGAGAAUAAAUUCUUCUUGGUUAAUCUUUGCGCUGCACCGAGAAAGAAAAAAGAGUCACAACUAAAGGAUUAUCUUAUCUUGGAAAAAUACAAUUGGUUUUCCGGAUCAAAUCAAUCGGAUCAGACAAUAAUUAUUUCCACAUUCGGCAAUAAGUCAACUGUUGUAGAUUUGAAAGCUGGUAGGCAACUUUUACGGAUUUACCGCCGUUCGGAAUCCAGUCUGGCGAUCAUUUCUUCCGAUACGGAUUUUUAUCUCGGAAAUCGGGCGACUGUGCAACAACUGAUGACCACAGAGUCAGAUAGAAUCGAACGGAUGUCGAAAAUAAUCAGUGAUAGUCUUUGUGAAACUUAUCAAUCGUUCGGAACAAAUAAUUAUCCAAUAAUGUUAAAAAAUUACUAUCGAAGCUACAUGCCCGAUUCACAGCGUAUUCUUUCGAAAGAAGAUAAAAAUCUUACUUCACUGAUACACCAGACCUUUAUGGAAGAACAGGUUCGAUUGAUCAGAAAACUCGUUCCCGAUAGUGAUCUCAAAAAUAUUCUCCAUUCUUUGCGGAUAUUUUUUCUGAAUCCCAAUAUUAGACUGGAAUACUACGAUUUGCCAAAAACUCAAAGAACACUUCAAGAUCUCACACAAGAGGUCAUGGAAAUACCACGCAACCAUGUCUCUAAUUAUAACAAAGCAGCUACGAUAAUUCAGUCCUUCUUCAGGAUGGCUCUCGUAAAAGGAUACAAACAACUUCACAAUCCCGAUCACGCUCUGCAUAUGCAGAUUCGCAAGGAACUUUUGAAGAUAUCUGAUUUAUUAGAUUCGUCUACCACAAGUCAAUUACUGAGGAACUUCAUCAACCGUCAUGAUAGUCUGCGCGAUCUCUAUUCUUGUUCCGAGGAUUUCGCGCACGUCUUGAGUAUCCAAGAAUUUAAGGGUGUCCUCGAAAACAUCGGACAAGAACAAUGGUUUCCCAUUGUCAGACUCGUCGUGAAUACCAAGCCCGCGGAGACUGUCUUCGCGGCCUUUGAACUGCUGAUCGAUCUACCUCGCGUCGCAUUGCGCAUCUUCAACAAUCAAAACGGACACGAAGUAACGCGCAUCGUGAAUCACGUGGCUCCAGCCCGCUAUGAAUAUCUGUCGGACGGUUACACGGUAUUUGCUUAUGGUUGGAACGAAAAGCAACGUAUCAAGGGGCUGGAUUGGGCGAUUCGCAUAAUCACUAUGAAGGGGGAACCAAUGCUCUAUCAACCAGGCGAACAGCAGAAACCUCCCAAGCUCACGGUCGAUGAAUUAAUCGGUACUUAUGUUCCGAACAUCAAGAAUUGCAUCUCACGAUGGAUCCUGCGAGCAACUUCGGGAAGCAUCGUCUCGAUAAGAUUCGUAACAUCCUACAACUUGGCGAAAAUCAGAAUGAGAGUUAUCGAUGAAGGAAACAACAUUUUGGCUGAUGUGCGAGGCGGUUCUAAGAUUUUCUUACCUUUAAUAAUUUUAAAAUAUUCAACCAAGAGCGAAGAUUAUAAAAUCGAAAAAGGAAACCAAGACUUUAAAGAGGAGUUUAAAAAUGCAAUGGAAGAGAAGAAACCCUAUUAUAUAGAUGCUUUCGUUCUUGACAACAGUUGGCCGCUUACAGAUGUCGAGUGGACGGUUGCGAAUUAUGCAAAGACGAAGAAUGCUUUAGAAGAAGACUUUAAAACAAAGACGCAAUCUGGGAUUAAAAUAUCAUCAAAGCUGCCAACGUCAAAUCUGUCGACGGCGAGAAAAAAUUUGAAACAAUUAAACAAUAAUCAAGCCCUAGUACCACCAUAUUGGAUUCUUCAAGUUGUUACAGAUGCUCAGGAUGCCGUAGAGGUCUGUCAAGAUAAAAAAAGGGAGCAAGAAAUAACACUGUUGAAAGAGUCCUGGUGGUCGAAGGAGCCAGAUCGAUUCAAACGCGGAAAGGAACUUCGAGAGAUCUUUUUAAACGUGCACGCCACAAAACCUGAAUCGGAAGUGUCUUUAAACCAGAUAGUAGAACAAUCGGAAGAAAUAGAGGACGAAGAUAUAGCAUUCUGUCUGUCACAUGCGAGGCAAUAUAGGACUUUGAUACCACCGGAAUUCCAUCAUCUGCCCGCUUUAGAUCUGACGAAGUACAUGAGGAGAAAUGAGAUGGCAAGGCACCUUGAUUCAAAGAUGAAGAGCAAUAACGAAAAAUUGAUAAAUCAAUUAAACGUCGUCGAUGUCGAAAUCCAUAGUCAAAGAAAUUAUUCUACUUAUCUGGAAAAUUUGACCGAGCUGAUGAACAAACAACUGCAAACAUAUGCGAACUUGUUUAAGAAGAAGGAGGAGGAUUUUUGGCAGGGAAGAACUCUGAUAGAUGCCGCUUACGAAUCAAGGAAGAUCUACAUUGACAGUUUGACAUUUGAAAGAGCAAAGGCCAAAGAGAAAGGGAAGAAGAAUUGAAAAACUUUAUUUUGCCGAUUAAUAGAAAUGUACAAUAAUUUAUUUAUCACGUUUGCGGAUAUUUUAACUUAAUAAUCAAUAAUUAUAUCUAAAAAAUA